UCUUCUCCUAGGUGCCAUGGCCUCGAGGAGUCGGGUAAAAGAUCUCCAAAAGGCUGUUAUCUGUUCCCUUUGCCUGGAUUAUUUUAACGACCCGGUGAUUCUCAAGUGUGGACACAACUUCUGCCGAGCCUGCAUCAUUCAGUGCUGCAAGGAACCCAAAGCCUCCCCCUCGUACCCCUGCCCUCAGUGCAGAGAACCCUUCCGGGAAGGAGAAUUCCAGCCUAACUGGCAGCUGAGGAACGUAGUGGAAAUCGCCAAAAAAUUCCCAGAGCCCAGGGAGAAGAAAGCGUGUGAAAAACAUGAGGAGCUUUUGAAACUCUUCUGUGAAGUGGAUCAAGCCCCCAUCUGCCUGGUGUGCAGAGAGUCCCGCAGCCACAAAGACCACGCCGUGCUCCCUAUCGAGGAGGCUGCCCAGGAUUACCAGCAACAAAUUCGGAGCCGUUUGAAGAUUUUGAGAAGAGAGAGAGACAAGAUUCUGUCGUAUAAAUCGAGUGGGGAAGAUACAAGCCAGGAACUACUGAAACAGCUGGAAACUGAGAGGCAGAAGAUUGUGGCUGAAUUUCAGCGACUGCGCCAAUUUCUGGAGGAACAAGAGCGACUCCUGCUGGCUCAGCUGGAAGAGCUGAAUCAGGAAAUUGAAAAGAGGAGGGCUGAGUAUGUUGCCAAACUAUCUGCGGAACUAUCCUCUUUCAGUUCCCUGAUCAGUGAGAUGGAGGAGAAGUGCCAGCAGCCAGCGAGUGAAUUCCUGCAGGACAUCAAAGGCACCUUGAGCAGAUGCGAGAGGGAGAAGUUUCAGAACCCAGUGGUCUUUUCUUCUGAACUGAAAUGGAGAAGCUGGGAAUCUUCUCAAAAAAAUGCAGCUGUGAAGACCAUAAUGAAGAAAUUCAAAGACUCACUGUUGUCUAGACAGCGGUUGGACAAAGCAAACGUGACCCUGGAUCCAGACACAGCCCAUCCCCAACUCAUUGUGUCUGCAGGUCGGAGAAGUGUGAGAUGGAGCACACGGCAAGAUCUGCCUGACAACCCUGAGAGAUUUGACACUGUGCGCUGUGUGCUGGGCUGUGAGGGAUUCACCUCCGGCAGACAUUACUGGGAGGUGGAGCUGGAGGUGGAGGAGCGGGGACUCUGGUCUGUGGGGGUGACCAGAGAGUCUGUGAGCAGGAAGGGAGAGAUCGACUUUACCCCUAAGCAGGGGAUCUGGGUUGUGAAGGGCAGAGGAGAUCAGUACCGGGCUCCCACGUCCCCUGCGCAGAGCAUCCCCUUCCCCCCGAGCCGGGGACCCCGCCGGAUCCGGGUUUAUCUGGACUAUGAAGGGGGGCGGGUGGCGUUUUUUGAUGCUGGUACCGGGGACCCGAUUGUCUCCUUCCCGCCGGCCUCUUUCGCCGGGGAGAGAAUCCGCCCGCUCUUCCGGGUUACUGCUGGUGACCCGUUCUUCUGGUUUCUUCGUCGUGCUACUGCCGCGGCCCAGCCUGGUUCUAGUUUGCGGCUCACCCUGUGCCCCUGAGGUGCCCUGUCUGUGCCCACGAAACAGGCUCCUCUAGCCCCCCCCGAUCUCUGUCACCUGGAAGACCCAGCCCCCCCCCAGGGCUGAAGGGGGGUGACGCUGUACCCGGAGCUCUGUGGCUGUGGAGCUCUGUGUGUGGUGCUCUAGGAUCAGGCUCUGUGCUCCUGGGAGGCCAACUCUGUGUGCAGGGUGGGGUGCGGUCCCACAG